GUGGGCCCGUAUCGUAUUCCGUGCCACCACCGGCAGCGUCGCUGACCGCCAUCGACCGCCACCAGCACCUCGUCUGGCAUGAUCUCGGCAUUCUUUAUCUUCAAUCAGAAGGGCGAAGUCCUCAUCUCGCGCCUCUAUCGGCCAGACCUUAAGCGCUCGAUUGCAGACGUCUUCCGGAUACAAGUGGUCUCGAAUAGCGAUGUCCGGUCACCAAUCGUCACGCUCGGGUCGACCAGCUUCUUCCACGUUCGCGUGAACAACUUGUACAUCGUCGCAGUCACGAAAUGUAACGCCAACGCAGCGCUGGUGUUCGAGUUCUGCUACCGCUUCAACACUAUCGCAAAGUCCUACUUCGGGAAAGUGGACGAAGAGUCCAUUAAGAACAACUUUGUGCUCAUAUACGAGCUGCUUGAUGAAAUCAACGACUUCGGUUACCCACAGAACAGUGAGGCCGACACGCUGAAAUCAUACAUUACUACUGAGAGUGUCAUGUCGAGCAACUAUGCAGCCGAAGAGUCGUCCAGGAUCACAGUCCAAGCCACUGGUACAACAAGUUGGCGGCGGGGAGAUGUCAAGUACAAGAAGAAUGAGGCAUUUGUGGACGUGGUCGAGACUGUGAAUCUCAGCAUGAGCGCCAAAGGAACAAUUCUUCGCGCGGACGUGGAUGGGCAUAUUUUGAUGCGGGCAUACUUGUCCGGCACACCUGAGUGCAAAUUUGGACUGAAUGACAAGCUCGUGAUUGACAAGAACGGUUCUGGCGGAGGAGAUGCGGUCGAACUGGACGACUGCCGGUUCCAUCAAUGCGUUCGGCUGAACGAGUUCGAUUCUGACCGAACGAUCAGCUUCAUUCCGCCAGAUGGGGAGUUUGAGCUCAUGAGAUAUCGCGCCACAUCAAAUGUCAAACUGCCACUUAAGGUCAUACCUUCCGUGACGGAGAUUGGCACAACGCAAGUGCAAUAUGUCGUCACAGUCAAGACCAACUUCAACAGCAAGCUCUCCGCCACUAACGUCAUCGUACGGAUACCAACGCCGCUGAACACGACUAGCGUCGAUUGUAAGGUCGCGAGCGGCAAGGCGAAAUACGUUCCCGCAGAGAACGUUGUCGUCUGGAAAAUUCCACGAAUACAGGGCGGCCAGGAAAUCAGCCUGUCUGCCUCUGCCGCGUUGACGAGUACAACAAAUCGACAAGUAUGGGCGCGCCCGCCGAUCGACGUCGACUUUCAGGUGCUCAUGUUCACCGCAUCGGGCCUGAUCGUUCGCUUCCUGAAGGUUUUCGAGAAGAGUAGCUAUCAGAGCAUCAAGUGGGUGCGAUAUCUGACAAAGGCGAGUGGGACGUACCAGAUCAGGUUUUGAGGUGCUAGUGUCGUAGACUGCUCCACAUUCUCGUACACGUACGCAGGGAAUGGGUCUGAUUGGUUAGGGAGGGAUUUCUGCUGCUUACUCGUAUGGACUUGCUUAAUUUACUGCCUUUUGACAUUCUCACAGGCACCGUGAUGCUCACUGAACCCUCUGUGCUGACAUAGGCGCUCUAGCUGCUGAAUCACGGUCCGUAACCGGAAAGGCUCAAACUCAUGAAGCCGGAUUUGAGCAUAUUUAUCAUGAGUAAGACCACAGAGCUAGGUAAUCAUUUAGAUGCUCCGCUCACGAGGAGCGCCUCAUGGGUCGUCAGCGAGCCACUAUGAAGGAAAAUGAG